GCCUUAAAUAAACGAGACUUAUUCACUGCGCUGCCUGAUUCCCGACUCAUCUGCCAGCCCAAGUGCAUGCUUUGUUAUUAGCACUCCAUUAUAUAUACUCCUUUUUCUAAUUAAGAAACCCAUUUUGUUUCCCCAUUCAUAUUCUCUUUUGUAUAAUAUCACAAGCAACCAAACUCAUAUUCAUAACAUCUCACUCACAAAUCACAAUACCAAUACCAAACAAACUCUCUUCUCUUCAUUCUUCUCAAUUCUCAUGGCAGUUGAACCUCCUCACAUGAAUUUCUUCUCUCCACAGUCACAAAUCAAUCACAGAGAUAUAACCAAAUUCAAUCAACAAUUCUAUAAUGCUUCCAUGAAUGGUGCUAUUCACAUGCCUAUGUCUUCAACAAUCCCUGAAUCGUUCUUUCCUUUUCAUCAACCAUCUUUCUGUGAACCAAAAGCUGAUAGUACUGUCACCUAUCACAUCCCUGAUUCAAGGAAGCGUUUCAGAGAUUCCACUGAAGAAUCAUACACUCAGAAAAAUAUCAAACUCUCAUCUCAACCUUCCUUUGUUGAUCAGAAUCUCCUUUAUCAUCUCCAAAAUCAACAAUCUGAAAUCGAUCUCUUCAUUGCUCAACAUACAGAGAGAGUGAGAAUGGAGAUAGAAGAGCAAAGAUUGAAGCAAUCAAGAAUGCUACAAGCGGCAAUCCAAGAAGCAGUAACAAAGAAACUGAAGCAAAAAGAAGAAGAGAUUCAGAGAAUGGAGAAACAAAAUCUAAUGCUUCAAGAAAAAGCGAAAACACUGAUUAUGGAGAAUCAGAUUUGGAGAGAAAUGGCUUUGACAAACGAAUCUGCUGUAAACACGUUACGUAACGAAUUAGAACAAGUUCUGGCGCAUGUUGAGAAUCACCGUAACGAUGACGAUGCAGCGUCGAGUUGUGGAAGUAACCACCAUGUCAAGGAGGAGGUGGUGGUGGAAGAAGCGUCAUCGCCGGUGGUUGGGAAGUUGUGCAGCGGUUGUGGGGAAAGGGAGUCAGUAGUGCUGUUACUGCCAUGUAGGCAUUUGUGUUUGUGUACAAUGUGUGGGACCCACAUUCGUAAUUGCCCUCUUUGUUUCUCUGGAAUUAAUGCUAGUGUUCAUGUAAAUUUUUCUUAGUUUAAUCUUUUAGUUUUAACAUUCAUUGUGAAUUUUGAACCAUAUAAUUUUUUUUUGGUUAUAAUAGAUGCAUUUAAAUUUGAA